AAUUACUAUUAAGUUAAAAUAUGCAAAUAAUCCAAAGAUAUAUUUAGGCUUAGGGUUUCUCUUCUAAAUUUUAGGGUUUCUUCAGCACGCCUCUUUCUCCCUUUCGGAUAGUUCGUUUCCUCUGUUGUGCUUGCGGGUUGAUUCACUUAUCAAGAUGCAGAACGAAGAGGGUAAAAUUACAGAGCUUUAUAUUCCCAGAAAAUGCUCCGCAACGAAUCGGCUGAUUACUUCCAAGGACCAUGCUUCUGUUCAGAUCAACAUUGGGCAUUUGGAUGAGAAUGGCAUCUACACUGGGCAAUUUUCUACUUUUGCUCUCUGCGGUUUCAUUCGGGCCCAGGGAGAUGCUGACAGUGCACUGGAUCGUCUCUGGCAAAAGAAGAAAGUCGAAGUGCGUCAACAAUAGAUGAUUGUGUCUUUCUGGUUCAUCUCUAUAUCAAAGUUUUCAAGUAUAGAGAUACAGUUCUAAGAUUUUUUGAACCACUCGCAGUUAAGUAGUUUCUUUCGACAAUUUAAACUCGUUAGUUCCUUUAAAUGCGAACUCAACUUCAUUGAGGUUGGACAAGCUCUGAUGAGUCAAAAGAGGACCAAAACUAAGUUGAAUGAAAUACGUUGAAGUUACAUUUUCCAUUAAAAAUAUUUAGUAGAGCCUCUUUCAAUUCUGAGAUAA